UACACAAUACCUAAACAUGAAGUUCCUCAUCGUCUUCGUCGCCCUUUUCGCCGUCGCUCUGGCAAGACCUGACGUUGAAAUUGUGCGACAGAAUUCUGAGGUCGGGCCCGAAAGCUACAUAUUUUCUUUGGAGACUUCCGAUGGUACCAAAAAGGAAGAAGAGGGUCAUCUUAAGAAUGCUGGCAGUGAAAACGAGGCUAUUUCCGUUAAGGGGUCAUACUCUUUUGUUGCUGAUGAUGGUCAGACCUACGUCGUCAACUAUACCGCCGAUGAGAACGGUUUCCAGCCCGAGGGCGCUCAUUUGCCCCAAGUCCAAGCCUAA